GAAACUUCCUGUUUUACAGUGUAGGUGAGACAGGUGAGGUCUGAGGACAGGUGAGUGUUUAGCUGCUGUGAUCAGACACACCUGAGCUGACAGAUCAGAUCACACACAGUCUGACAGGUGAGAUGGAAAAAGUGUUGACCUGCACCAAUCAGAUCACACCAGCUUUUAUUUUGAGGGGACUCGCACAUUUUUUUUCAGGUGGGAUUACCAGUUCCAGUUCAGAACAGAUAAACCAGUUCCUCAAUCUUUUUAUUGAUCAUUGAUGAUUGAUUGAAGUCAGGUUUUAGGCUGAGGAUGAUUCUGUUUCCUGUCACGACUACACCAACACCGCUUCCACCGUUUCCAUGACGACACUGCCGGCAGGGACGAAGGUCACCUGUUCAGACUGCAGCAGCAACAGGUGACCCGGGUCACAUGACUGUCUGUCUGACAGCAGCUACAACCUGAUAGGCUGGAGCAAGAGCAGUGAUGUCAUUUGAUAGGCUGUAACCUAGCAACCAGGUGUGACACAGAGGAGGAGAGAGGAGGAAAACAAGUCAGAGAGGAGCAGAGGAGAAAAGGAGGAGCAGAAGAACUGAGGAGAAACAAGACACCUGGAGGAGGAAGGUGAGGAGUAAAGGGAGGUAUUAAAGAAGGAGGAAGAGAGGAGGUGUUAAAGAGUAAAGGCAGAGGAGGAGCAGGAGAUGGAGCAGAGCGUGAUCCGGCUGAGUCACUGUCAGAAGGAGAUCUUCUGUUUCUCAGUGCCGGAGGAGUGUCCGAGCUGCGGGGAGGAGCUGAGAGGGAGCAGGCUGCAGGAGGCGCCAGUCAGCCUCCCCUCCCCCUUCACCAAUGGACACAAGAGCUCCUGCUGCCUCCUGAUCGCACCUGCACACGACAGCCAAGACAGAGAGUUUGAUGGCACGUCAGAUCUGCACACCGGCAUCUCCAACACUAAAGGAGUUGUGUAUAACUACACUCGGGGGGGGGUCCGUAGAGAUCAGAGUGGGUGGGAGCGCUGCGUCAGUGUUCCUCUGGUCCGACCUGACAUGUUCCACCUACUGGCUCAGUGGGACCUAUACCUGGACCGCUUCUCUGAUGGACCCAUGUGGGACCCCGCCUGGCACAGGUUUGAUGAUGACCACCAUAACUGCUUCAGUUUCUGUCUUCGCUUCGUGAACGGCGUGCUGGCGGCAGAGGGGCAGAGCUCCCUGAGCAGAGAGACCUUCACUCACAGCUUCAUCCUGCCGAGGAUGAGGAGGGUGUCAAAGUUCACCGCGCUGUACCGUCACGUCGAGAGACACCAGUACUACAUGGUGGACAGACCGGAGGAUGGGCAGGAGGACAGACAGGAAACUGUGUUACAGUAAUCUGAUUACUUUUUCAGUAACAACAGUGUGAGUGAUGGUAAUCUGACACUCAUUAAUCAGAUUACAGUUACUAAUCCCAGUUACUCUGUUACUCUGACGUUUGUCCUUGAGGAUCCUGAAACCUCAUCCUGGUCUAGUCCUUUCACAAUAAAACCCUCAGAUCAGUUUGAUUUCCUCUCAGAGAACACGGAGCAACAUAAUGUGAAUUUAAUUUACGCUGAAAAAAAUAUUAAUUUUUUUUUGGGCUGGGUGGGUGUUAUUGCUUCAUUUACACUGAUGUGACUCGUUUAACCUUCAUUACAAACUGUUGCUGUGAUGAGGACAUAAACACUGUGUCUGUGAGUGUGUUUAUAUGUUGACUGUAAUAAAUGAAUGAGUCUCUAAAAGAACAUUAAAA